CAUAGGAGGCAGCACAGCGCGCCGUCGGCGCACGCGGCCACCGGAGGUUGACGAGGAGACACGAAGGAACGCGAAGGUGGCCGAACGGGGCCGGCCGGCGGCGAGGUUGGCGGCGAGGUUGCCGGCGAGGCUACGGGCGAGAGCUCGGAGGGGAACGGCGUCGGGACCACGUGACCGUCCCAGCCAAUCGGGUGCGUUCAAAACCGGCGUCCGGCACAUGGCGACGCGCCGGCUUCGGCAUCCGCAGUCGCAGUACGUCGCAGUCAGUCGCAGUGCUAACACGAGCGAGAGGGUAGUUGCACGCGCCUGCCUUCGAGAGGAAAGACCGCGGAGCGAGAUCGAGAGCGAGAGAGCGAGCGAGAGAGAGCGAGAGAAAGAAAGAGAGAAGAGUACGAGAGUGCUGCUUUGGUGGGCCGAUAGUAGUAGGAAGGAGAAAGAAGCACGGCCGGCUUCGUCGGAAAGAGGGAGAAAGAAGAAAGGCGUGCGUGUAGACGGAGGGAGAGAGACAGAGAGCGCGUCUCUCGGUCUUGUUUGUCAGUAGUGUGCUUCAGUCGCGCGACGACGCUCUCGUACGAUUCGAGUCAGCUUCUACGUUUCGCGGUCGCUAAAAGGAGGAAGAAAGAGAUAGAGGAACGCGCGCACGCUUUGCUAGAAACGCGCCGAUAAUCAUCGUCAUACGACAUACGAACGAUUUCGAUGCGACGAGGAGAAAGAGUUGGAGAAAGACGUUACGCGAAUACGUAAAAAAGAAAAAGGAUAAACGAACGAACGAAUAUCGAAGGCGCGUUGCGCACACGACGACGACGACGACGACCGGUAGUUGCAGCCGAGAACGCGAACGAACAUUUUUCCCUAUCUUUUGGAACGGUCGCACGGUGAAUCGUUCGAGUAUCACGAGCCAUUCCUACUCGCCCGUGCUGCUGUUUUUAGUGCGUUGAUCGGAGUAAAAAGUAACUUCUCGUUGCGAACGAACGAGAAACGAACGGGGAGAGAGAGAUAGAGGGAGAGAGUCGGACAGAGCGCGGUGAUAGCGAACGGAAGAGAAGAGUGGAGAAAGGCAAGGAAAAGAAGGGAGGGAAGACGGACUAGCGCGACUACGACGACGACGACGACUACGACGCUCGUUAUUUUUAUACGGUGCAUCGCUGCUUUUCCCUUCGCUUCCUCUCUUUCGGAGUACGCGCGCGAAACCGUUUUCGAAUCUCGUGUCGAGUGAACGCGAACGACAAACGUUUCGAUUGGACGGACCAGGGGAGCCGUUCUCAAGAUCCGAAAAAAGUGGUGUGUUGGUGCGCGCAUCGAGGUGAGCAUCGAGUAGAAAAUAAAAUCGGACAUAGGCGUGAGAGACGUUAAGGGAAGAAAGUAAACAGGGAAAUUAAGAGGAAACAAAGAGAUUUGAAAAUGCCGACGAGUCUGUUCAGCGAGAUGGAUCGCUGUACGAAUGGCGGAGGUGCCGGCUCGAUCGAGGAACAACGAGCCCUUCAGCUCGCCUUCGAGCUCUCGAUGCUCGGGCUCGAAGGCACGCCCGGAUGUCCCGGUAGCGGAACCACCACCGUACCCGGUACCAACGCCGAUCCCGAUCCUCUACAGACGGCACCUAGCAGCGUCUUCGAGGAAGCCCGCUCCAAAAAGAGCCAGAACAUGACCGAGUGCGUGCCGGUGCCCAGUAGCGAGCACGUGGCCGAGAUCGUCGGCCGACAAGGCUGCAAGAUCAAGGCUCUACGGGCGAAAACGAACACUUACAUAAAAACGCCUGUACGCGGCGAGGAGCCGGUGUUCGUGGUGACCGGACGAAAGGAGGACGUGGCGCGCGCCAAGCGCGAGAUCCUCUCCGCGGCGGAGCACUUUUCGCAGAUCCGAGCGUCGAGGAAGAGCACGUUGGGCGCGCUGCUGGGUGCACCGCCCGGUCCACCGGCCUCGGUGCCGGGACACGUGACGAUCCAGGUACGAGUACCGUACAGAGUAGUAGGUCUGGUGGUAGGACCGAAGGGAGCGACGAUCAAGAGGAUUCAACAUCAGACGCACACGUACAUCGUGACGCCGAGUCGCGACAAGGAACCGGUCUUCGAGGUGACGGGCCUGCCGGAAAGCGUGGAAGCCGCGAGACGCGAGAUCGAGGGACACAUCGCCCUGAGGACGGGCACCGGUCUCGCCGAGGAGGAUCUCUUGGGUGCUCUCUGCCGCGGCGGUCUCGGCUCGAUCCUCGGCUGCCUCGUGCCACCGGGAACGACACCCUGCAACGACUCCAAUUCGAAUUCGAACGACUCCAGCGGCGGCUUCUCCUCCAGCGGCAGUUGCAGCAGCUCCUCCAGCAGCUCCGGAGCACCGGGACUGCACGAUCUCGUAGCGAUAUGGGGAGCCGGCCUCGAGAGAGACGAGGGCCUCGGCGAGUCGCCCUCUUUCGAGUCUCAGGCGGCUUCGGCCUCCUCGAUCUGGUCAUUUCCCGGCGUCGCGCUACCCUCGAGGCCCUCGCCUCCGGCAUCGGCGAGUCCAGCGUCGCCGACGGAUUCCCUUCUAGGAGGCGGUAGCGCCGGUGGCCGUCGCGAGUGCGUCGUAUGCGGCGACAAAGAGGUCACCGCCGCCCUCGUGCCCUGCGGACACAAUCUAUUUUGUCUCGACUGCGGCAACAGGGUCUGCGAGAGCUCCACUCCGAUGUGCCCCGUCUGCUCCAGGCCCGUUCUACAGGCGCUUCGCAUCUUCUCAUAAACGGCCGUGUGCGCACCCGAGCGCACCCGAGCACAGCUCCCGCACGCUAACAAGCACGACGGACGCGCACAAUCUCUCAAUUCCACUGCUGCCAAUAAUCUCUUUAACGCGCCAGGAACGUUUCGACUUUUCUGAUACGUCGUCUCGUUCCCAGUGCCCGAUCGGAUACAACGAAGUCAGCUUUUAAGUUUUAUCACGCAGAGAGUAGAGAGCUAGUACGAGAGAAAACCAGAGAGAGCGAGAGCGAGAGCGAGAGAGAGAGAGAGAGAGAGAGAAAGAAAGAGAGAGAACAAAUAAAUACUAGUAGAGACUCUCGUCGUCGUCGCGUCCUUCUCUUCCAGUCUCAAUGCGUAGCUUUUCGAAGGCGAAGAGCUUCGACUCGGCCCUACGAGUAUGACCUCCUUCGAGGAACCUUGUCUCCGCUACUUCGUCAACUAUCGGAAAACUUUCGGCGGAGAGCGACACUCUCUCUCCUUCGAAGAGUCUUAUUUAUUCUUGACGAUCUCGUCUCGGCUUCCACCCUUGUUAUUCGAGCGUUUGAACGAAAAUCGCUCGAAUCUGUUCCACCUUUCGACGAAAUUUUCUUUCAUUUUCAACGAUCAGUCAUUCCAGUUGGUUAAAUAAAAUAAAUCUUUUCCGAGCGAGUUUCUCGAAUCGAAGUACGCGUGAAAAACCUUUAAUAGCGUACAUCCUUUUCAAUACGGGGCAACGAUACUCAUCUGUGCCACUUUAAACGCGAUCACGUUCGACAGAAUACUUCUUCCAGCAGCGGCAUUUUUCAAAAUCGGCAACGUGCCUUCGGCGACGAUAAUUUAAAAAAGAAAAGAAAGACAACGUUAACGGCAGGAAUCUUGUGAUGUCCGAUCUCUCGUUUCGUCGUCGAGGGCACUUGAUCGUGAUUUCGAGGUUUCGCGCGAAAUGCUACGUAGCCAAUGAAAAUAAUUAUUAAACUUGAGUGCGAAGCGAAGGACGACGCGAGAGUGAGGGAGAGAGGGAGACAGAGAGAGAGACAGAGAGAGAAAGAAUGAGGCAGAGAGGAGAGAGAGGGAGAGAGAAAGAAAGAGAGAGAGAACAAGAGAAAUAUAUUCUACGAACGGAGAACGAUGCUUACGUGUCUCUCAAAGCGCAACAUAGCUCGUACGACGACUCGUAAAACGCGCUUGUUCCACCCGACAUCCCUCGCUACUAAGAGUAUUAUCUUACAUUUAUAUAAGCGACAUAGCAAUUGAAAUAAUUAUAACAAUAAUAAUAAUAAUAAUAAAAAAUAAUAAUAAUAAUAAUAAUAAUAAUAAUAACACUGAUACACUAAUAAUAAUAGUAAUAAUAUUAAUAUAUUAAAAGUAUAUAUAAAUAUAUGGAUAUAUAUAUAUAUAUAUGGUGAUCCGACGAGUUCGACGACGCGCGCUUGCGCGUGCUCGUCGGCCUCGGCGAACGCGACGAUAUUUUAUUGAGAUGUAGAUUUUGUAUUUUUCGCGCGUUUUGACGACGGGACGACGGGUGGUUUGAUCGAGUUGUUACGAGCGUUCAUUUAACGAAUAACAAUAUAAUAACGUAGUAAUAUUAAUAAUAAUAACAAUAAUAGUAAUUAUAAUAUUUCUAGUAAUAAUGAUAAUAAUAAGAAUAAUAAUAAUAAUAAGAAUAAGUUUGAGAGAAAGAUGAUGAAUGGAGAAAAUGAAGCGUCGAGAGGUAUCGUAGGCAUCGACCUUCAAGCGAGAAAAAAAGUUUGGUAUUCGUGAUAGUGAUUGAGCUUUUCAAAUAAGAGAAAGAAUUUUUGAAAAAUGAAUCACACGUUUUAAGCGUAGACUUGCGCAUACGUAGCUUUUUUUCAAGAGGCAUAAUUAUUAUAUUAUUAUAUUACAGUGCAUUAUAUUAUAUAGACGUAUAUACGGAAGCUAUAUGCAUAUAUAAACUUACAUAGAUAUAUACAUAUAUAAUAUGUGUC